CUCAAGUUCGUAGACCACUGGCUUAUUGCAUCCCCAGGUUUGGUAUCUAAACCAUUACACAUAGAAAUCACUUUUGAUGAGCAUAUUGAAUUUAAAAAAAAAACAUUUUUUUUUCACAAUUAGUGAAAUAGGUAUUGAAUUACCCAAUCGUAAUGGGGACUUUUAUAAGCUUAUUUAAGGACUCUCACGCGGAAUUGCUAAAGGCUAUCCAUUGGGAUGAUAUCCUUCUUUCCUUCACUCAGUCAGAAAAGUCCUCUAGUCUCUGGGAGGGGUUUCUGCAAGAGAUGAACCUUUUCUACCACUCGGUGAAUUGGUCAGAGCCUUUUUUUGCCUAUUUGGCUGUUUUUCACAUCGUCAUUAUUGUCUUUACGGUAUACAAAACAAUUUUUCGUCCUUAUUCCUUGGAGCGUCUUUUUGCAUUCAGCAUUUUCCUUUUAAUACUAGCCUUUGGAGCUCUUCCGCUGAACCGUAUUGGGCGAAAGUACGGUAAAUUAAUAUUCCGUGAGUCUGGUGUCAACUAUUUUGAUGAAUCUGGAAUUUUCCUGACGUUGUUGUACUGGGUUCCUUUAGUAUUUCAUGUAGUUUGGAUAGAGAUAUGCAUCAUUGUACGGGCAAGUUUGGAGAUAGCGCGACUGAAACCGAAGGACAUUUCUCGCCAGAGCAAAAGCAUAGCAGAAUCAAACAAAUUAAGGAAUAGGGGUAUCAAGAGGAGCUAAAUGUUUCUAGAAGCGAUACAAGAGAAGAAGUAGUGUAUAAUACUAAGUUAAAUCAUAUCAGAUAUUAUGGAUAUUGCAAAAAUUAUUUGACAAUGUCCUAAAAAAUCCUCAGCAGAAUGCGAGUUGUCAGAAUAUAA